ACCACUCAAUAUGAUUUUUGUGUAUUUAUGUGUAUAACACAGCGCCCCUGGAUGUUGUGUAUUUAUUGCACUUUUAUACACAUUUAUACACUUCGCGGGGUUUUGGGGUGUCCCUUUUGUGAUUGGCUGUGGGCGGGACAUAAAGCCCAACCCCUCAAAGCUACUUCCUGAAGACGUGCCUUUAAAUUUUAAAUGCCUUCAAAGCUGCAGCACUCAAAAUGGAGGUCCCCGUGGAUUAAACUUCACAGAUGCCAGUAAAACAUGGAGAGGCAAAGACGCAUUAACCCAAAAGGAGAUGCUAAAUAUCACAUUGAGAAUGGAAAGGACAAAGUGGGAUUUGACGUAAAAUCCAUCAGUGCCUACAAAGGCCGUGGUGUCUUUGUAACUACCUCUUUUCAAAAAGGAGACUUUCUGUUGGAAUAUAGAGGAGAACUGAUCAGUAAGGAGGAAUGUGAGAGGAGACAAAGAGUUUAUCAUGAUACACUUAAAGUGUUUCUGUUUGAAUUCUACUUUGACGGAAAGCUGUGGUGUGUUGAUGCAGCAAAAGAAGAUGGGUCACUUGGAAGACUUGUCAAUGAUGAUCAUGUCUGUCCUAAUGCCAAAAUGAAGUACCUGACUGUGCAAGGGAAGCCCCAUUUGUGCUUGUUUGCUAUUCGAGAAAUAAGCCAGGGAGAAGAGGUAACCUAUAAUUACGGUGACUCAGACUGGCCAUGGAGAUGCAAGAUAAGGACUGAAAAGAGGCAUAGUAAGGUGGCAGCAAACAACGCAAACCAAACUGAUCCAGACCUUGAGCCGCUCCAUAGAAGUGCAGAGGUCUCACCUGAGGCAAUCCAGAGUCAGAUGCCAGAAGACAACCUGAAGCAGACUGAUCCCAACCUGAUUUCUACCAACAGGAAUGCAGAGGUCUCACCUGAGGCAAUCCAGAGUCAGAUGCCGGAAGACAACCUGAAGCAGACUGAUCCCAACCUGAUUUCUACCAACAGGAAUGCAGAGGUGAUUUCUAUUUAAUAAUUAGAUGAUAUAUGUAACUUGUUGUAAGAUGUUAGUCAACCACUCUUGUAAUUAGUGUGUAAGUGUAUCUGAGUGUUAUGUGAUUUACAUGGACACUGGUUUGUCAGGACAGUCCCAAACAGAGGUUUUAAUUUUAGUAAGCCA